AUGAAAAGAGAAACGUGGUUUUCAUGCAUUGUAGCGAUGUCACUAGGAAUGGUUUCAGGAGGGCCCCCCUCAGGAGACCCCAAAGACUUUUUCAAAGGCGAAGAAAUGCAGAAGCAAGCAGACCAUAAAGGUGGAGACAUGCAGAUGUCGCACAAGUCGGAGAGCAGUUCAAGUGAGAAGUCGGAACACAAGUCCAGAAGCUUUGAAAUGAAAAACAAUGCUUUAGUCAAAGACGUCGAAAGCGGGUCUAGCAGCAGCGCCAACAAAAGCAGCAAGCUUGACGAGUCCAUGACAAAAAGCGGCAAUGAGGUAAAAAUGUCAUCCAGCAAGUCUGCUUCAGGGUCUGAAGAAUCAAAAAGCCACUCAGCCGCGCGCGAAAACAUCAAUGGAGAAGAUAUAGUAUCCAAAAAAAGCUCCAAUUCGUCCAAGUCAAACUCAAUUGAGGACAAUGCCUCGAUCACAAAAACUGGUGACGAGAUUACAGCGGCUAAAGGCAAGUAUGAUGAGAAAAACACGGAAAAAAACGAAAAAAGUAGCUCAUUGACCAACAUAAAAAGCAAAGACAUGGCAUCUGCAGAGAACACAGCAGAAAAGAGCAGCCUACAAAGAACAAAAAGAAGCAGCUCUCUUGAAGAAGGCCUGGCUGGCGAAAAACACAAAAAUGAGACAAAAGGCUCAUUAGAAUCCUCCAGCUCGUCAAAAUCAUCCAGCGAAAACUCAUCAAAGUCCGAAGAGAGGUCGGAGACAAAAAAGAGUAGCGGGUUCUUUGGAGCGCUGUUUGGCGGAAACCACAAAAAAGAGGCGAACGGCGCGUUGGAGUCCUCCAGCUCGUCGAAAUCAUCCAGCGAAAACUCAUCAAAGUCCGAAGAGAGGUCGGAGACAAAAAAGAGUAGUGGAUUCUUUGGAACGCUGUUUGGCGGAGAUGGCAAAAAUGAGACAAAAGGCUCAUUAGAGUCCUCCAGCUCGUCGAGAUCGGCUAGCUCGUCAAAGUCCGAAGAAAGGUCGGAAACAAAAAAGAGUAGUGGAUUCUUUGGAUCGCUGUUUGGAGGGAACGACAAAAAAGAGGCGAACGGCUCAUUAGAGUCCUCCAGCUCGUCGAGAUCGGCUAGCUCGUCAAAGUCCGAAGAAAGGUCGGAAACAACAAAAAGUAGUGGAUUCUUUGGAGCCCUGUUUGGAGGGAACGACAAAAAAGAGGCAAAGGGCAUGUCAAAGCAUAACAAAGAAGAAGAGGCAAGCACUAAGACCACCACAGCAGAAACUUUCUCUGAGGUUGAUGAUUUGAAUGCCCCUCCGCCGUCCCUUCCAGGCAGUAGAACAAACACCAAUAGAGAUGUUGAACUAGUUGAGGUGCAUAACAUGCCAAGAAGAAGAACUAGAUCAACCCGGUCGCUCGUAGAGGGCUCUGCACCAGACAAGAGAGUGCUUGUAGACAGCCACACCCACAUGUACACAUGCUCAAAUCCAACCCGGGCCCAUGCAAGAGGCGCUGCAAACUGUUCUACAAAACACAGCCACAAAAACAGCACAGAGGCUUUAUACGAGGUCAACAGAAACGUUUUUCUAGAUGAAGACCUUACCAUUGGACAAGCCGACAAUCUUCUAUACAAGGUGCGCAGAAGUAGGAUUCCUCUACCAGAGCAUGAUUCAGAAACAGAUUAUUGCAUGCGCAAAGGCAUGGUAUUUGUUAAAAUAGUUCUUGUGUCGUUUGAUGAAUUUGCUGAAUACACAAAAAAACACGAAUUACCUUACCUUCUGCCGCUAAUAGACAAUCAUCCACUAGUUGAAGUAAAAUUAUCACAUAGGCUCUAA